AUGUUUGCUUUUGCUUCUGAAAGGCCGGUCUGGCACCUGUUAACAUGCUUGGCAACACUCUUUUUGCUUUACUCAUCGGCUGCCUUCUGGUUCGGCACGCAGACAACGAUCGUUAGUGAGCGAUAUCCAGACAGCCUCACAGCGAUCUUCACUCCUCAGACUAUCGAUGCGCUCAAUCAAGACGUACGCUUACGUAGUGCACUACUGUCCCUCACAGAAGCCAUCGCACACUCUUCCAGUGAUCUUGGUGCACGACUUCGUUUAGAAAGUCUGAAAAGCUUCGGAUCCAACCUCACGGAUGGAGUCAACAACAUUCGCAAUAAGCAGCAGUCAGAGCUGAAGAGACGGCAUAUGAAAGAUGACCUAAGCGGAGCCUUCCGAGAUCUGACGGGUGGUGCUGUUAGCAUAGGCGGGUUGAAUAUGACGGGUGGGCUGACUGGUGUACUGGGCAGCCUGGGAGACUUGAUGGUGGGCUCACUUGGGACACCUGCUUUGUUUCUGGGUAUCGGCCUAGGCAUGGGUACAACGACUGCUCUCAACCUGACUGAUAUGGAAGAAGCGAACGCGAUAGCUACGAGUAUCGCGGCUGCUUACAAUGCUUCAGUAACUGGUGUGAACCUCGCCGCCCAACAGAUCGGCAGUGGCCUAUCGAGACAAAUCACACCUUCUUUCGGUAGCAACAACAUCUCUCUUGGUCCUGCGGCUUUUGCGCUAGCAUCCGGCAUCGGUAACGCGACUGCAGUAGGCUUCGGACUGACACAGCAACGAUUUGCACCUUCGACAGACUCGAGUGUUGAAGGCGUAGCUGGUAAUUUCGGUCUUGGAGUUGCGAUGCCGAUUAUAUCCAACGUUGAUCUUCAAGCUAUGGUUAGGAGUUUUGGAAACAGUUCCGGUUUUUCAAUGCUGAUGCAAAAGCUUCCUGAGAUUGCGGUAGCAGCUGGGCUAGGUAUAGGAGAGGGUGCAAAGAAUGGUCUCGGGUUGACAGCGUCGAAGUCGCCAGCGUCUGGAAAGCAGAAGCGACAAUCAGCGAACGCCACCACAGAGACGGCGGACUUUCCAGGAACUGUGCAGGCUUUCGCAAAAGGUCUUAGUCAGUCGUUCCUUCAAGACAGCAACUUCUCAAACCUCAACAUUGGGACUAUCACGGUCUUCCCCAAUCAGACCGAGCUUCAAGCCAUGCUUCGGCCUAUAGCAGCGGGAGCUGGUGCAGGUAUAGGCAUGGGGGUCGCCAUCGGAUUGAACUUCAAGGCUGCAGGCUCCAAGCCGAUAAUCGACGGUAACAUGACCGGAGAUGACGAACAGACAGCAUUGACCGCGGAAGGCUUCACGCAGAACCUCUUCUCUAACCUCCUUACAAACAGUUCGGCCAUCCAGCAGGCCAAACAGUUCAUAACGAGCAAUCCGCCUCAGACGUUCAAGAGCAUAGAUGGCGCGAAGGCGGCGGAAGGCUUCGCCAGGGGUACCAUUGAAGGAGUUGUGAGCGCCAUGUAUUCUGUCGGAGGAGUCAAGAACUUGAUCAGUGGCAACAUUCCGAAUACUGCAUACGACGAUGUCCCGGUUCUGGCUCCGACGCAGUUCAAUGAUAGCGUGAACGGAUCGGCUGUUGGCUUUGCGCGAGGUCUUACGGGCAAGGCGACGAUACUGAUUGCCGAGAUUGCCAGAAAUCUCACGCAAGGCAUGCCAAAGUCCACUGAUGCGCCUCCAUCACGCAGAAGGAGUAUCCAAGACGUACAUGAGGAUCUUAGUGUAGUGACACACAACCCACUUUCCGCCCGUCAAGCUGAAGCAAGAGCUAAUCAAUUCCCUAUCGCUAUAGACGCAGGUACAGCACAGAUGGGCGCUCAGAAAGUGAUCGAAACCUUCACAUGCUCGGGAAUUGGCGGCAUCGCAUCAGCAGCUUUGGGUGCUAUGACGGCGGCCAAAGCGAAUGCUAGUAUGAUGAGUAUGGCAAUGGCUCAAGCUAGUCCACCUCUCGACCCAACGGUGCUGCAAGCAUUGCCUCGAGGACCUAUCUCCCUUUCGUCAGAGGGAAACAUGUUCGAGAUUGUCAUCGAGAGCCAGAGUCUCAAGAUCAACGGCUUAGCGCUCGUCCCAUUCGCAGUCAUCACUGGGCUACAUGUUCUGUUUGCCGGUCUUGCUUUUCUUACCUUUCUUCCACUAUACCUUGUUCUGGGCGUAGUGUGGCGCUUCUCCGUUCUCACCGGCUAUCCAGUCGACGAAGCCAAGAACAGAAAAUGGCGUAUGGGCUUCUUGAUUACUUUCGGCAUUCUAGGCAUCGUCGGUAUCAUUCUUGGUAUUGCUGGUAUGGGAAACGCUAGUCAUUUCCGAGAUGCACAUAGCAUCAUAGGCCUUAUUUGUCUCAUUUUCAUUUUUCCAGCAGUGGGCUUCACUAUUGUUCGUCUUCGCACCGAGCUUCCACACCCAGAUCCUUCUACAUUCGCCGGUAUAAAAGGUCCCAUAGCGCUUGCCAAGACACCACAACGCAUCUAUCUCAUCAGCGGUAUCAGCACUCAGCUCCUAUUAGGCCUUGGCCAGCUUACCUUUUUGCAAGGCUUUUCGACGCUCCGCGCCAUAUCACUUUGCGUUGUCGACGCAGUUCUCACCUCAACGAGCGUUGCUGGUCUUGUGAGCUUUGUGUUGAUGGUGCAAAUCAGUGCUACAGCAUUAGUCGGCAUCAGAGCAUGGUUAGAACAGCACAUCGCCAAGAAAGAGGCGGCAGGUAUCAAGCCAACAACAACAACCACUGCUUUUGGCAGCCAUGGACGGAGCGACACGAUGGUCACAUUUGGUUUUGAUAGGAAAGAUCCACCACCCGCUCUCAACUUUAGCUCCAUCAAAUCGAAGCUUUCACAACGAAAGACCGAUGAGCUCAAGGGCUCCGAAGAUACUGGCAUCAGCACACCGUUCAAUUUCAGAAAAGAAGGUAGCAUAACGGAGGCGGACACACGGGAAGACCCUUUCCUUUCGCCGGAAGAGCGACUCAACUACCAGGAGCGCGGCAUCUACAACCCCAAAACUGGAGGCUACACUUAUCCAGUCCAGAGCAUGAACAAUGACGACUUCUACAAUAUGUCAGCGACUUAUGGCGAGCGCCGCCCGUCUUCCGGUGUAUUCGAUCCCUUGCGAUCUCCUCGUCCUCCGAUUGCAGCAGAUAACGGACCGAGAAUGACAGGUGUUACAGUACAGGAUUUGUGGCCUCCGCCAAUGCCGGAAGCGUCGAGAAUGUAUAUGACGUCGAAGACUCAGACGUCAGUUAGUAGUAGAUACAGCAGGCCGAUAGAUGGCAACGUGCCUGUAAGGGACAGCUUCAUGGGCUUUGGGAACCGAUAA